GGCCCCCAGCGGCGCGGGCCCGGCCUCCGGGCGUCCCCCUCCGUAUGUGAGGCGCGGCGGGGCGAGCGGGGCUCAGGAGGAAGAGGAGGACCCACGGGCGCCGGGCCGGAAGGCAGCUGGCAGUAGGCCCAGGCGAGCGAGCACCCGCGUUCAUGUUCCGCCAGGAGCAGCCGCUGGCCGAGGGCAGCUUCACGCCCAUGGGCUCCCUGCAGCCGGACGCGGGCAACACGAGCUGGAAUGGGACAGAGGCGCCCGGGGGCGGCGUCCGGGCCACCCCCUACUCCCUGCAGGUGACGCUGACACUGGUGUGCCUGGUCGGCCUGCUCAUGCUGCUCACCGUGUUCGGCAACGUGCUGGUCAUCAUCGCCGUGUUCACCAGCCGCGCGCUCAAGGCGCCCCAAAACCUCUUCUUGGUGUCGCUGGCCUCGGCCGACAUCCUGGUGGCCACGCUCGUCAUCCCCUUCUCGCUGGCCAACGAGGUCAUGGGCUACUGGUACUUCGGCAAUUUGUGGUGCGAGAUCUACCUGGCGCUCGACGUGCUCUUCUGCACCUCGUCCAUCGUGCACCUGUGCGCCAUCAGCCUGGACCGCUACUGGUCCAUCACGCAGGCCAUCGAGUACAACCUGAGGCGCACGCCGCGCCGCAUCAAGGCCAUCAUCGUCACGGUGUGGGUCAUCUCGGCCAUCAUCUCCUUCCCGCCGCUCAUCUCCCUCGACAAGGGCGGCGGCGGCGGCGGCGCGGGCGGCGGCGGCGGCGGGCAGACGCCCGCCGAGCCCCGGUGCGAGAUCAACGACCAGAUGUGGUACGUCAUCUCGUCGUGCAUCGGCUCCUUCUUCGCGCCCUGCCUCAUCAUGAUCCUGGUCUACGUGCGCAUCUACCAGAUCGCCAAGCGCCGCACCCGCGUGCCGCCCAGCCGCCGCGGCCCGGACCCCGCCGCCGCCGCCAACGCCACCGCCGCCGCCGCGCCGCCGGGGGGCGCCGAGCGCCGGCCCAACGGCCUGGGCCCCGAGCACGGCGUGCUGGGGCCGGGGGGCGCCGAGGCCGAGCCGCUGCCCACGCAGCUCAACGGGGGCCCGGGGGAGCCGGCGGCCACCGGGAUGCGCGACGCCGACGCGCAGGACCUGGAGGAGAGCUCGUCGUCCGAGCACGCCGAGCGGCCCCCGGGGUCCCGGCGCUCGGAGCGCGGCCCCCGGGCCUCGGGCAAGGCCCUCGCGGGCCACGGGAAGCUGGGGGACAGCCUGCCGCGGCGCGGGCCCGGGGCCGGGGGCUGCGCGACGCCGGUGGCCGGGGCGGCCGAGGAGCGCGGCGGGGUGGCCAAGGCGUCGCGCUGGCGCGGGCGGCAGAACCGUGAGAAACGCUUCACGUUCGUGCUGGCCGUGGUCAUCGGCGUGUUCGUGGUGUGCUGGUUCCCCUUCUUCUUCACCUACACGCUCACGGCCGUCGGCUGCUCGGUGCCGCGCACGCUCUUCAAGUUCUUCUUCUGGUUCGGCUAUUGCAACAGCUCGCUGAACCCCGUUAUCUACACCAUCUUCAACCACGACUUCCGCCGCGCCUUCAAGAAGAUCCUCUGUCGGGGGGACAGGAAGCGGAUCGUGUGAGCCGAUCGUCCACGCCGCCCG